UGAACACAAAACUGAAGAAGAUGAAAGUUGUCGAAGUUUGCGGAGAAUGGUGAACGCUCGAGGAAGUGAACUUUUGAUUGCAAUCUUGAUUUGUUUUCAUCCUUUAAUCACCAAUUGUGAUGUGAGCGUGUCAGAGCAGUACUGGCACCAGGGUUGUUACGCACAGAAUAUCGACGAGAGACCAGACAUUGGAAACACAAGGCAGCAUAUUUCUGACAGUUCCCAGUGUGCGAGUUUCAGAGCAGUGGAAUGUGCUCGAGCCUGUCUCAAAGAACGGUAUAAGUUGGCAUCAGUGGGAUCUGAAUGUCUAUGUCUGAACAACACAGGACAGCUGAGGACCCAAAAUCAAGAUGUUGUUAAAUGUUCAAGCUCGGAACAGCAGAGUUGCCCAUUAUUUCCAUGUUGCCCAGCAAAGUCUGCAAGUGUGUUUCUUGUGGAGGGACCGUACAUCUCCGAGGUCAAGGCCAAUGUUAAUGUGGACCUUGUCAUCAGAAACAGGGCUGUUGUCAUAGAAACAGUCAUAAAGAUUUCAAAGCUAUUAAACAUUUCCAAAGAAUUGGAAAAUGACACUGAAUUUUUACAGUUGAAUAUUGAAUGGACCAGUUUGGAUUUUAGAGAAAAUGUUUCAGCAGUUGCAGAAAAGAAUGAGAUCUAUUACAGAAUACCAAUUACCUUUACCGUGUCAGGCCCUCAAGUUGUGGAUGUGUAUGUCACCAAUAAGAUAUCACUGCUUUCAACAACCUUAAGGAUUAAUGUCCUUGACCCUUCACCUCUCGAUCUUGAAAUUGUGAACCUCGUUGACCUCUCUGAUCAGCCAUCUUGUUUGCCAGAAGAGUUUGUAGUCCCGGAAAAAGCCCAGUUCUUCUCAGUUUUCCAGGGAGCCAAUUUUUCAUUGGAGGUUUCUGUUGCUGUUGGGGAAAAUGUAACCUUCACCUUUGAAGAGAGGUCACUGGGGAUAAGAGAGGUCAAGGUCACUGAAGUCUGCAUUGAUGGCUGUUCAACAAUUCAGUGGUUCCAGCUCCAGACAUUAGGAGUCUACCAAGUAUGGGUUACUGCAGAAAACACGUUUGGGAAACUCUCAAAGUCCAUUUAUGUGGUGGUGAUGGAAAGAAGACUAUCCAAUCUCAGAUUUUCCAGAGGAAGCCUGGAAUCAGGAGUGGUACCUUCUGGGACAGCGGUAGAGUUCUUGAUCCAGGUUGAAAUUCAUUCCAGGUUCAACUCCACGCUGACCAUUGAUGUGCUGGACGGUCACACUCAUGUGGCCUCCCUGGAAGACACCAGUGAGAAGACGCUGGCCCUAAACUGUAGCUCACAGGGAGAAAUGUACAUAACCUCUAGUUACGGGAUGGGCUGUGUUCUGCAUGUCAAGUUUCAACAUGCUUUUGUAGAGGAGAGGAAUUAUCGACCAAGAGCCAGGGUUAAGAGUGGGGACCUGUCUGUGGAAGGAGAACUAGACUCAGAGUUAAUUGUCAUGCACCGCCUCAGUCUGACUCGGAUUGUCUCCCCUGGCGCAUGCUCGGUCAACCAAGCCUGCGAGUUUGACCUUCAACUUGAGCCGUCUUCUCGUUCUGCUGAGAUCAUGUGGACGAUCCUGCAAAAUAACAAUUCUGUUGAUACCAUUCAAGGGUCCAAGAAAUUAAGUUAUGUUUUUCAGGAGGCUGGAUGUUUCCAUGUGGAAGCAGUAGCGGAGAACAGUUUGAGUCGUGUGGAGGAGUCCACCAAUCUUCAUGUGAUGAUUCCCGUAUCCGACUUGGUCAUCCAUUGUGACGGUGGACAUGUCUUUUCAGGGACAGACAAAGUUGUGUGUCAAGCUGAUGUGAUGGAAGGUAGCAAUAUACAGUUUGCUUGGAAUGUGAAGCCAGCAGCUCAAACAAUCAGAACUGUCAACACGGUUCCAUCAUCUUCAAUACAGCCAAUCAAAGUCCUCAAUGCAAAUCUGUCGUCCGAGGCAAGCUUUGUUUUCCAGGACUCUGGGCUGUACAACAUCAGUGUUAGUGUGUUUAAUGGUAUCAGCAAGCUCACCAAGUCUGUCCCUGAGGCCAUUCAAAUACAGGAGGAAAUCCAGUGUGUGGUCAUGAAGAGAGGGCGUGCCAGGUACCCUAGAGGGGUAGUGGUGCUACGAGACAGGGUCCUCUUCCUAGUCAAAACCUGUGGGGGAAGCCAGGUGCAAUUAGAAUUUGACAUUGGAGAGGGCAGAAAGAGAUUCCCAUACAUCUACAUAGAGGAAGAGGAUUUGUAUGAGGUGUAUUUUACCUUUACUAUUGAGGGGAGCUUUGCAGUUGUAGUUUAUGCUUUCAAUCAUGUCUCCGAAGUCCAUUACCAGACAAGAGUUCUGGUCCAGCGACCUGUGGUUGGAGUGACCUUGACAUUGAACCAGAAACGACCCCAUGUUGGUUCACCUUUGGUCAUCAAAGUCUUGGAAGAAGGGCGUCUCUGUAGACGGAAUGACCUGGUGUAUGUGUUCAGAUUCUCUGAUGGCAAGGAAAUAACAACGGCAAGUCCAGCAGUGACCAGAGAAUUCAGCCAAUCAGGAAGCUGGCAUGUCAAUGUCACAGCAACCAAUCUAGUUGACAAGGUGAAUAUGUACUCGCAAUUCUCAGUAAAAGAUGAUGGAAUACUUGAUGUUGCUCCAGUCAACUCCCUCUUCAAUGCCGUCAACCGACCAAUCGAAUUCCAGAUUCAGGGUAUUGAGGCUGAGGCAUACAACAUUGAGGUGCGGUUUGGGGAUGACAAACCUCCUUCUGUUCUAUCCAGCACUCAAUGGGACCAUGUUUACACACAGCCUGGGAUGUAUGAGGUCUCUGUUGUCCUUCACACGGUUAACCUUGGGGAUCUAGAGGUCACCGGCCUUGUCAUCAUUCAGGAAGAGCUUCAGGAUGUGGUUAUCGAUGCACCAAGUUUCAUCAGCAUCGACAGGAUUACUAGAGAGCACCGCUUUGAAGCAAUGAUUACAGACAGUGGAACUAGGUUAACGGAAGGUGGAUUAAAGAUUAAGGGUGAUCGUUACAAGGGCAUUAACAGUAAAUCCCAGAGUACAAAUGGUGGAUCCCAGAUUUUGUAUACUUGGUCAUUGAAUGGACGACAGUCGAAAAUCCGCACUGUUAACUGGAUUAUUGAAGAAUUUGAUCAGCCUGGUAAAAGCGUAUUGGUUGUUGAAGCAAGCAAUGACCUUGGAGAUAAGUUGUUUGCUCUCCAAGAGGUCAGAGUUCAGUACCCUGUUAUGAAGGUGACCUUGUCACCCUUCCCGACCAUUGAGACAGAGGUGUGCGACAUCUUGGUCAGCGUGACAGGAAGUCGGGAAGUUUCCGUUGAUGUGGAUUUUGGUGAUGAUGUGACAGAGACUUUUUCUUCUAGCAGUCUACAAAGAAAUAUGAAGGCAUCCUCUAGCCUGUAUUUACCUAAAUAUAGUUUAAUAGUCCAACACAGGUAUGACCUUAAAGGUCACUAUGAGGUCAAGGUCAAUGUUUCUAACCACAUUUCCUGGGCAGCUGACAGUGUCGUGGUUGAGGUUGGGGAGGGAAUAGGGAACGUAACCCUGGAGGUUCUGUCUCGUUUCUCAGAGCAGAACUCGACCUAUGUUGUGUCCAUCAGUGACCCCUUGGUUGUCAGGGCAACUGUAACCAAGGGAGACAACCUGACCUUCACCUGGGAUUUUUCUGAGUAUCCAGCCGGAGGACUGAGAGAUCAAUACGGGAAUGAGAGUUCCAGUACAGCAACUUAUGCCUUCAGCAUGAUAGGUCUUUUCCGUGUAUCCGUGAGGAUUAGCAGCCCUUUCUAUCGAGAACCGCAGGAAUUUCCGUUUAGAUACAAAUUCAAAAUCGUCGAGGAAAUUCAAGGAUUCUACGUAGAGGUGAUUGGGUCUGAGAAAACAGGAGCUGCCUUGAAGAGAAUAAAUGGUGUUCUACAGACAGGGGAGGUCACCCUGAAAGCCACCUGUGAGAAGGGCUCUCACAUCACGUUCCAGUUUGAUUUUGGGGAUGGAACCACCAUGAUGGUGCCUGGGGUGGAACAUUUUCUACAGUACAUAGAGGGGACUGCUUCUCACCGUUACACACGAGAGGGAGCAUACAACAUAACCGCAACAGCCAUCAAUCCCCUUGGCAACAAGACAACAGCUCUGGACAGGCUGUUCUAUGUACAGACUGCCUCCCACGGAUUGAAGCUAGACAGAGACGUCUACAACACAAAACUGGGCGACGAGACUGUGAUCAGGGUUAACCACACAGAGGGCUCGAACGUGACCUUUGACUGGAAACUCGGGGACCAGUUUGAUGUCAUCAGCGAUGCAGGGCCAGUAAUGAGACAUACCUACCAGAACCGAGGGACCUACACAGUGACUGUCAUUGCCAGGAACAAGGUCUCCGCCCAGACAGACCAGGCCGAGGUGGUUGUUCAGAGUCUUAUUCAGGGGGUGAAGUUGACAGCCAAUGCGAAUGUCAUUGAGGUCAAACAGGUUCUAACCUUCAUGGCAGAGACUGUCCCAGAGCCAGAACUAGCCUCAUUCUACAUCUGGAAUCUGGGAGACAGCCCCGGGGGUCCACGCCAGUCUCUAGGGCCAGUGCUGGAGUAUAGUUACAGGAUGACCGGCCGUUUCAUUGUGACGGUGGGAGCUUACAAUGACAUUAGCGGGGCAGAGUCACCCCCCUUGGAAAUCUUUGUUCAGUCUAAGGUGACGAAUCUCAAAGCCUUGUUUAUGAAUGACUACUCACUUGUCAACACCAGCCUGCAGUUCGGGACCUACUCCUACUCCGGCUCAAAUCUGACCUACGUCUGGGACUUUGGGGACGGGUCUCCAUUGCUGACCACUAUGGAUGGGGGACCAAGAGUUAGACACACCUAUACAAAGAUGGGGCGGUACAUCGUGACCCUGACCGCCUACAAUCAGAUCAGCAGUGACACCCACAGACUGGAGCUGUUUGUGGUCGACCGAGUCUGUAGACUGCCAGAGUUUGACAUCCACAGCCAAGUGAUGGACAAGGAUAACAAGGUCAACAAGGUUAACAAGUUGUUUAUGACUGACAAAAUCCACUUUGAGGCUGAGGUCACUCAUCUACAUUGUGAGUACACUAAUGUGAUUGAGUACCAGUGGAGCUUCCAGAGUGACCAAUCUAUCAGCCAAUCAGUGUCCUCCAUUUGGACAGCCAGUCAAGAUCCUGCUUUGUUUCAGCGCAGAGUGUUAAAGCUACCCCCAGGAUCAUUGAAAGCGGGGAAUUACACUAUUUCACUUACUGUUAAAUAUGCUGGGACCAUAGUGUAUGCCACCAAGAAGGAGAGCGUAGAGGUGGUGCAGGCACCACUUGUAGCUCACAUUCAGGGUGGUGCCUUGAGACAGGUUGCUUACCGUGGAAACGUUACGCUGAAUGGAACAAAAUCAAGAGACCCAAACUCGGAAUUUUCAUCACAUCUGAGGUAUAAUUGGACAUGCAGCACAAGUUUGUCAAGCAUAGAAGCAAACUGUUUCCAGGACAACAUCUCUGGGACCUUUGACAUGAGUGACCCUGUUCUGACCUUUCCUGUAUCCUGGUUACAGAGUGGUAACCAAUAUCUGUUUGUUUUGGAGGUGUCUGCCAGUGGUCUGGACUCUGGGAAUACCACCCAGGUCAUUGACAUCCAUGGAGAUGCCCUUGAGGUGAGCAUUUCUUGUCCUCUUUGUGAGCUUGGUAACAUCAGGGAGGGUAAACCAAUCAGAAUGGAGGCAGUGUGCCCUGAGUGUGCAGGGAAUCCCUUGGUGAUCUAUAAAUGGACACUGUCUGUGGUGCUGGGAUAUCCCAGAGUCAGGGAAUGGAAUCCAAUCCGCUGUAUGAACCCUGGGAAUUCUCAGUUUGAGCUCUGGCGACAACAAAAUACCAGCCGGUCCAGGGAUUGGAUGAACAGUAUAACAGGCACUCCAACCAUUUCAACAACCCCCAGGUCUACGCCCUUGUCAAGCACCAAAAAAAUAAUCGACAUCCUUCAGAAAGAGGACAGGUCAUCAACCACAGAAACUGAACAAGUCCUUAACCCAGAGAUAAAUGAGGACAGGUCAACUAAAUCUAGGGUCACCACUGGCAACAGAGCAGAAGAUGGGCAGGCAACCAAAAUGGAAGACCCUUUUCCAUUUGAAAGGGUCCUGGAGAACACAGAAAAUAUCAAUGGGCGCAAACUGGGUCAAUCCCAGCAGGGAGGGACGGGGAUGAUGUUCCCGGUCAACGAGGGCUCCCCGGGCGAGGUGGGCAGUUCAGAUGGGAGACUACCAGGGGAUAUCUCAGAAGGAACAGGGGAUGGUAGACAGAAUAACAAAGACAGCAGCGGCAGGGGACCAUCUACUCCUGAUCCGGUUAACCCUGAUUCACGGAACGUCCCUGAGAAACCCCCAAUAAGCUUGAUGAUCAAUAGGGAGUCAAACCAGGUCCUGGUGGGGUUCCCCAGGUAUUCCCCGGCCCUGCUCCUGGCACCCGGCCAACUGUUACCAGCGAGGGCAUACAUCGUCACGGUCACUGUAGAAGAUGGACAGCGAAGAGGAGAAGCUAGAGAGACGUUUUUCAUCAACGAGGGGCCCAGUAAGGGGGCUUGUGAAGUGGGGCCAGACAGGGGAGAAGAGUUUAACACAAAGUUCAAGGUCUUCUGCAAAGAAUGGCAGGCCAUGUAUCAACCUAUUAGUUAUCAAGUAACCUUUGACCUCGGAAACAACCAAUCAGAAGUUCUGCUUUACCAAGGACUGAAGAAGAGUCUGGACUUCACCUUGCCUGCUGGUCUACCUCAUCAUAAUUACAAAGUUUUCCUGAAGAUUUCGGUGCUGGACGGGAGAGAUGCUGCCAUUCAUUACUGUUCUACCUCUGUCACGGUCCAUCCGGCACGAGUCAGUGGAGGGCGAACGGAUCAAGGUCACCGGCCAGACUCAGGAAGUGGUGGAUUCAAUGCAGCAGACGACAUCUUAUCUAAGCUGAAGAAUCAGUAUGCUGCCAGCCUGUACAAAGAUGACGGACAGACACGGAUUUCCACCCUGUACCUGGCCCACCUAUUGAACAGGGGAGACCACCCCCAACAAGAGAGACUGCUGCAGGAACUCCUCAGAAACCUCAUGAAUCUGCGCAUAGAGGAUGAGGUCGAAGUUCUACAGACACUACAGGCCCUAGUGCAGCUUACUGCAAACACCAACAAGAUGACCAGAGUAUGCCUAGCAACCUCCACCAGUUUAUUAAAUGACCUUGUGGAAAAGACCUUGACCUUGUAUACUAAAAGACAGUCCCCAGUGCCUGGCCUCCUUCUGUCUGCAGUGGAGGCAGGAUCCAACAUUGUCAAGGCCGUCUCCAUGGCAGCAGCCUCACAGAAUGACCUGUGGUUUUACAGAGAGAAACUUACCCAGAGUAUUCAGUUGGUGGAGCUGUUUCUGAGGAAUGAGAUCCAAUAUCACAUGAUCGGGGAGCAGCCAAUCAGGAUUGGCGACACCGCCUUUAUUUCAGCAGUUGGUGGAGUCUUUCAGUACAAGGACAUAGCAACAUUUGAUAUUGACCAAUCAAGAAUUGUUUUGCCAAAACAAGUUUUCACUCCAAAGGGCCUGCAAAAUCUAACGAAAAUGCAGAGUACCUCAGGAAUUACCGCCCAUGGUCACCUGACCCCAAUAGCAUCGGAAAAGUGUGUGAGGGUAGAGUUCAUCAAGUACCUGACCAAUCCUUACCAGCAUGUCCAGAAAGGGAGCCUGCUAGUUAAUUCUGAGGUGACUACACUUAACAUGUAUGAUUGCCAUGGAAACAGUCUAGAAGACCUUCAACCUGAUGACCCUGUGUCAAUUCAGUUACCACGGAGACCACAAAGGGCCGCUCAGGAAAUAGUGUAUACAUUACAGAAGUCCAGCAUGAACGUCCACCAGUUCAACCUGUCUAGGAACAGCCUACAGCAGACACUGCAGAUACACAUCCAGAUGUCUCCAGCAGCCAAUGAGGGCAGGCUGUUUCCAACAACUCUCCUGAUUGGAUACAAGAAACAUCCCACGCCACAGAGAUACCUUCUGAAGCAGGAGAGUCCAGCCGCCCAAACAGACAUCCGGGUAUUCUUGCCUUCCGGGUUCUUCAAUGUAUCGGGGGAAUAUUACCUCGGGUUUGUGGACGCUAAAUACAACGCCGGAAGACCUCGUCCGGGCGAGGUACAACACAGGAACUACACCCUCACCGUCUGGCAGACACAGUGCCUCUACUGGCGGGAAAAGGAGAACCGAUGGUCACGUGACGGUUGCUGGGCAACAGACAUGUCAACCUAUGCUUUGACUCAGUGCAGAUGUAACCACUUGUCCACGUUUGGGGCGUUCUCCGUGGAGGUGUUUCCGGUCCUGUCCUUGAUCCCCGUGGACACCUUCUUUGACGCCAACGAGAACCCCGUCUGUGUGACGCUGACUGUGAUGGCGCUGCUAGUAUACGUCACUCUGAUAGUCCUCUGUCAUAGGGCGGACCGUCACGACGCCAGGAAGGGGGGAAUACUCUACCUCAGGGACAAUGCCCUCACCGACAAGCAGAAGUUCGAGGUCAUCGUGGAAACGGGGUUCAGAAGGGGGGCUGGAACAACUGCUAAGAUCAGUAUAAUUUUGCACGGAGAGGAGGGAAUGUCCGGUACAAGAGAACUGAUCAGUGAUGACGACAGACCGAUGUUUGAAAGAAACUCCAGGGACAAGUUCAUUCUGACGCUGCCUGAGAGUAUCGGUAAAAUUUGGAAGGUUCAGAUUUGGCAUAACAAUGUUGGAUCCUCCCCCAGCUGGUACCUGAGCCGGGUCAUCGUCAAGGACCUUAACAAUGAACGUGAGUUCUACUUUAUAUCAGAGAAAUGGCUGGCGGUGGAGGAGGAGGAUGGGAAAGUGGAGAGAGAGUUCCUGGCACUGGACGGGAACCUGGGGUUCAAACGAGUGUUCCUGACCAAGGGGACGCAAUACCUGGCGGACUAUCACCUGUGGUUAUCGCCCUUUACCUGUCCCUCCUAUAGUCAGUUCACGCGGACCCAGAGGUUGACCUGCUGUCUGACCCUGUUCUCUGUCUACAUGUGUUUGAAUACCCUGGUGUACCAUUACACCUAUAAACAGUACCACGGUGAGUUUAGGUUGUUGGACCUGUCUUGGAAUAGCGUUAUUGUUGGAGUCGUUUGCUGUGUGGUGGUCAUUCCAUUGAAUUUUAUUUUGUCCUUUUUAUUCCGGAGAAGCAAGCUGGUUCCAACAGCGCGUAGUAAAACGUCAUCAGCAGAAGACAAAGAUGAAGAUGCGUAUCCGAGCGGGAAACCGAACGAGAACUCACAGGAAGAGGAAACUGACACCUCGGCGGAAGUGGUCCAACCCAUUAUGACGUAUUCCAUUCUUGAUCAAUCUAUUUUGAACUGGCCAGCUAUACAGAAUUGGGCACAAAAACAAUGGAUCAAGCGACAACAAACUGUCAGCAAGGAGAGUCAGAGUUCACAGACCGAGGCCCUACUCAGUAAAUUGAUAGGUUCAGAGACGGACAUGGCGUCCAGCGGUUUCGAGGACUCUAACAGUACAGAGCCCCAACCACAGAUGACCCUCAGUUCUACCAACAGCAGCGUCAAGAACAAGACAGCCUCGGAGAGCAGUCAGAGCUCGGCCAAUUGUCCAGCUCCGUCUAAGAAGAACCCCAACUCUCGUCUGCUCCUGCCCACGUGGAUGCAGUACGUCACGUGGUUUCUGUGUGCCCUUAUUAUCGUCUGCUCAACAGUUCUGACGAUUUGGAUCGGUUUCCGGUUUGAUGAAGUCCGUAGCAUCCUUUGGUUGCAGUCUCUCUACAUCAGUGUGUUAUUCUGUAUAUUCGUCGUCCAUCCAAUCCUGAUAUUCAUUGCGGUAUUAUACACAACUGUGCGGUAUCGAUGUGAUCCCAGCAUCCUGGACCAUUAUGAAGAAUCCUAUUUCGGCGAAAACGCGGAAAGGGAAAUAUUUCGUAGGAAAAAGGAACAGUCGUGUGAAAGUUGGACCGAGGCAGAGGAGUUAGACAAGGCUGUAGCUGCGCGGCAAAGAUCUCGGUACCUGCGGUUUGCUAGGCCUCCACAGGAGAAGCAGCUGAUCGAAUCCAGAAAAAAAGUCAUGAAGGAGAAAAAAGCUCUCACAAUUCUGUUGGAUAUAGUAUCCUUAGUAGCCACUUUCCUCAUUGUCCUUGUUAUGGCGUAUGGCAAAGACAUCAGUCCAGAAUAUCAUCUCAACAAAGCCGUAACAGAUCAUUUUAUUGGAAAUGGCUCUCCAAAUUUUACAUCGAUAAAAUUCAGGCAGGAAUGGUAUGAUUGGGCUUCAACGACAUUUAUGGAAAGUAUCUUUAAGGAAAAUCCUGCAAGCAAACAGAAACUAGUGUUGCAAGGUUACAUCAUCGGACACGUCCAGUUGCGAAAGGUCAAGGCCACAGAAAGAGAAUGUGCGACCAUGAAUGAUAUGCCUUAUCUCUCAUUAAAAUGUAGAAAUAUUUCUAUAACUGGAUCAAGUGAACCCGAGAACUCUACAUUCCAGUCAAAAUCUUCUCCUUAUUUGUUGUUCGGUCGACAUGGCAUAUAUGACAACUCUGGUCACGUGAUUAAGCUAAAUCAUUCAAGGAAUGAGUCCGUGCUUCAAAUUCAGAGACUGGCCUCCUCUCAGUGGAUGGACGACUCCACCAAGGCCGUGUUUGUGGAGUUCACUCUGUUCCACCCGUCCACUGGCCUCUUCACCUCCGUCAUUCUGUACCUGGAAAUUCUGGACACAGGCGGAGUGACCCCAGGUCACAGUAUCAGCUCCACCUAUCUGUUCAAGUAUACGUCAGGGACAGAUAACUUCCUUCUUUUUUGUGAGCUGCUUUUCAUACUACAGACACUAUGGAAACUGAAGAUUGUUGUAUAUGACAUCGUUAAACUACAAAUGAAAUUUCUACAUUAUGGUUGGAAAGUGUUACAGAGUGUUUUAAGCCUGGUCUCCGUUGCGUACAUCGGUUGUAACAUCUACAGAUUCAUAUUGGUUUCUAAUGUUAUUGAACAACAGAGGACGACAUACAACGAGGAGUUCGUGGAUGUCUCCUUUGUUACAUUCUGGGACGAGAUGUUGCGGUGUAUGGUUGGCUUUAUCCUGUUUGGAGUCAUUUUGCAAUCUCUGCGACUUCUGAGAUACGAGCGAUUGUUUCUUCUAUUUGGAAAAAUAUACAGCCGUGCUCAUAGAGAGUUGAAAGUGUUGGCGAUUCUGCUUUUUGUGUUGCUACUGGGGUUUGCUGCUCUUGGCCAUGCCUUAUUUGGUGCCUUUUUCUUCGGUUUUGUGGAUAUGUGGAGCAGUAUUUUUACAGUGUCGGCCAUACUGUCUGGGCGCUACGUUGAUCUGACCUCUGAACCCUCUUUGAUACACGCUACCCGGAUGUUUAUAUUUUUCAUGACUGUAUUUGGCCUCGGUCUUUCCACAAUUUACGUUGUUUCUUUCUUAACGUUUCGUUUUCACGUGACAAAAAGGCGGCAGCAUAAGAUGCUAGCUUUAAGUGGACCGGAAACGCUAACGUACUACUGGCGCAUGCUCCAUCAGCUGGCGGGGUUUAGAACGGUUGAUACUAGCACGGAAUCUGAAUCCGAGCCAGACAAUACUUUGCCACCGGAGUUUACAAUGGCUGAGAUCGAAUACCAAGUGGACGAGCUUUUCUACAGAAUCGCCGCUUUAUCCGGAUCCCACACUUUACCAGAAAAACCCACCAAUUACUUCACGGAUUCGGACGGAACCUAUGGCGGGGGGGAUGACGGGAUAUCCAGUGCAGGAUCUGAGGUUCAUGAUGAGGAGAGACUUGAACACCGUGUUCACAAGAUCGAAGACAACCUGUGUUCGAAGGAGCCCUACUUAGCACAGCUUUUUGGAACAGAUAGUUUAUCAAAAGACCAGGAAAAUCAAAUCAGGUCGCAUCUAGAACUAGAGAUUUUCCGCCAGCUACAGAUUCAAAGACAAAUAGGGGGAGAAAACGAAACCAUUGGUGAAGACCCAAACACGAGGGAGCAAGAAACCUCACCACAUACAGAGUCAAAAUCAGGAACAAAUAAUCCUGGCAAAUUAGAAAUAGAGGAGGCUAGUAAUUCUUAUCUUAGGGACAAAGAGACGUGUCCACCGAGCCCCGAUUCACCAGAGUCGGUGAAAAACUCAACAGAGAAGACGAAGAAACUAGCGGUAGGGGAAGCAUUACCUGAACUAUGUCAACCCAAUGCAAAACCAGUUAUGAAAGCUCAAAAAUGUAUGAAAAAACCCGAGUUGCCCGCAAAACCAACUUUCAUAAACCCCGGGACAUCUCGAGGGGGACCAUUACAUGAAAUUCAUAAGCCGCAAAUAAUCAGUAGUCCUACAUUACGUCAGCUAAAGGCAGAUAAGUUUGGCAUUCGUGGAGAAAAAGGCGGGGCCAAAGGUGAAAGUAACAGCGGAAGUAGUAUUACUGAAUCAAGUUCCGGUUCUGAACAAGACGCUCUACAUGGCCACGUGACAGCAAUGGGGAAACGGAACUUGCGUAAAACAAAGUCACGUGGCAAAGGAAAGGGACCAGUUAAUUUAUCUUCAGUUUUGUUAGACGAAAUUGAAAGUGAACUCCAGCAAAGAGAAUGUGCAAGUGUAACUGACGAUAAGUUCGUUAUUCUUGAACAAGAAGUGUUGGAAUGCAUUGAUGAUGAAAAUUUAAAUGCAUAAGAUGCGUCUAAAUUUCUAGAGUUUCUAUUACAAUUGUAAUAGGUUUUUUAUAAUAAACGUUUUGUAA